AUGUCCAUAGAACUGAUAACUUCAGCUUUUAUGAGCAAAUGUUGUUGCUGUUGUUUUUCCAUUCGACUGAUUAAGUCUCUCAAAAAUGGACAGGUGUACUUUUUAACUGUUCUUAAGGGUCUCAAACAUCGGCUAGCUGCUGGUGCAAAACUUCCAAACAUGACUAUCAUACUUCCAAUAGAGAAGACCACAGUUACAUCAGGAAAUGGAGAUAAAACCGUUAACCUGUCUGGAAGGAUUGGGCAAGCUCUUGGGGCCUUGCUGAGGAGGUUGGGACUGCCAUAUCAAGGGAAUGAAUCAUAUGGGAAGAUUCGGAUCAGUGGGCUAGCCCUAAAACGCUGGUUUCAGCCGAAGCUUGCCCUUCGGUUCAGUAGAAAACAACCUGAGAUGAGCUCCCCACCUACACGCUUGGCAAAAGGUAUUACAGAUCAACAGCGCAGCAUUCGUACAAAGAAUCUCUCUCUCUCUAAUGAUUUCAAUGAUGGUUCAAGAAGCUUGGAACCAGGCAUCAAUCAAGAUGUUCCAGAUUUCAGUUUUGAUUAGAAUAUUUUGAAGAGUCACAUAUGAGGAAGAGAGUUUGAAUCAAGAAGUAGGUGAAGAUUUAGUAGUAAAAUGGUAUUUAUGAAUCUUGGUUGCUAGUGACUAACAUGAGCCCCCAGGGCAGCAACAACUUUAUAGAGCAGAGAUCCCUAAUAUUUAUGUCGAAAUUCCUCUUACAUUUUCACAAUGUGCAAGAUUUUGAUAAAUUGCCAGGAUGAAUUUAUUUGUAUUAGAACAGAAUAAUUUCAAUAAAUAGGUGAAUAAAAUUUAUAUUGUACCAUGUAUUAUAACUGGUCAGGGAAGCCUGGAUGCACCUGCAGGCUACAUAUUCCGUGUGUACAGAUUCAUCAGGAUAUUUUUGUGUCAAUGUCUUGAGUUGUUAAACUUUGCCCCAGAAGAAUGGGUGGCGAUGGUCAAAUGGGUUUCAAAUGGUUUAGCUGGAAGCAGACAAUCAUUUUUUAA